GUGGAGCUGCUUUAACAGACCCAGCAUCUUAUUUCUGACACUAGAUAAUCACCAGAGAUGGCAAAUGUAGACGGACUCAUUGAGCACAUAGGAGACUUUGGGCCUUUCCAGAAGAAGAUCGUUACACUUGGUUCAUUUCCAUUGAUACUUUUUGCUUUUGUACUCGUCGGGGCAGUUUUCUUAGGGUACACUCCAGAUCAUUGGUGUUGGAGUCCUGGAUCUGAGUUCCUCCGGGAGGAAUGUGACUGGACAGAGGUCGAAGUGCGGCAAGUCACUGUUCCCCGCUCUGAACAGUCAGGAUCCUUCAGCCGCUGUGAGAGGUUUGCAGUGGACUGGAGCAAAAGCCACAGCAAAUGUAAUGAACUUGACUGGAUGCUGAGUUCUAAUGUAACCCAAUUGGCGCCGUGUGACAGCAGAUGGGUGUUUGAUAAAAGCCGCAGCACUAUUGUCUCUGAGUUCUCUUUGGUCUGUGAGAAGUCCUGGCUCGCUGAUCUGAAUCAGGUUUUCCUGGCAUGUGGAUUUUUUAUUGGAGCUUUUGUCACUGGCUACUUGGCUGACAGGUUUGGUAGAAAGCCAUGUUUCAUUGCAUCGAUGGUUGGCCUUGGUAUCUCAGGUAUAGCGGUAAUGCUGUCUCCAUGGUACCCGCUGCUGCUCGUCUUUCGAUUUCUACAAGGGUUUUGUGGAAAGGGAGCAUGGACAGCCAGCUAUGUACUCGUGAUUGAGUUCUUUGGAUCAAAAAACAGAAAAUUUGUAUCCACCGUGAGUCGGACUUUCUACAGCACCGGCAUGAUCAUUCUGCCUGGUCUGGCUUACUUCCUGUCCUCCUGGAGAACUCUGCAGCUGGUCAUGAGUCUGCCCUGCCUCCUGUUUAUCUUAUACUACUGGAUUGUUCCUGAAUCUCCACGUUGGCUGUUCUCACAAAAAAGAACCACAGAGGCUAUGAGAGUUGCUGCGGAUAUUGCAAAAUGCAACGAGAGAUCUUUACCACAUAAUCUUCCAGAGAUAAUUCUUUUGGAGGAAAAGAAAGAAGUAAAUCCUGUAUCUAUAAUGGAUUUGUUUAGGACACCAAGUAUAAGAAGAAACACUCUCAUUUUAACAUAUGCCUGGUUUACAAGUACUGUUGUGUUUCAAGGCCUAGUCUUACGGCUGGGGAUCACAGGCAGCGACUUCUUCUUGGAUUUCUUUAUCUCUGCUGUGGUGGAGCUUCCCACCGGCCUCAUCUUCUACCUGCUGGUCGACAGAGUCGGUCGACGCUCCCUCAUGGCCAUCACCAACUUCAGCGGUGGCAUCGCCUGCCUCGUAGUCCCAUUUCUCUCAACUGAUUUUAUCUGGUUGAAAAAGUCGAUAGCGAUCAUCGGGAGGCUCGCUGUUGCCAUUGGAUUUGAGACCUUGAACUUUGCAAACACAGAGAUGUAUCCGACAUCUCUCAGAAAUUUGGGUGUGUCAGUGUGCUCAUCAGCAGGUGACAUCGGAGCAAUUGUGGCCCCAUUUCUGCUCUACAGACUGGCCAGUAUCUGGCAGGAGCUGCCUCUUUUUCUUUAUGGUGCGAUGUCGGUGUUGUACAGUGGACUGGUGAUGAGACUGCCUGAGACGAAUGGAGUCGCGCUGCCAGAGACCAUAGAGGAAGUGGAGAAUCUAAGAAGGGGGAAAGACAAGUCAAAGGAUGCAGACAGCUUUAUUGUAUGAUCGAAGCUGUGAAGACCUGGAACAUUACUGGUUUAUUUUCUACAUAUGUGCUGUGUUUACAAAACGAUGUCCCAGUGUAAAGUACUGUGAGAUGUACUACAGUGGUUGCUAUCGCAGGCUUGUGUUACAUUAGAUUUUCUGAGGUUCUAAAUGUGUUAACUAGAGCCUUGAUAAAACACAGAAGGUGUUAGAAGAUCUAAUGAAGGAUCCAUAUCUUUGCAACCUCACACCUUCAAACUGCAAAUUUUUCACAGUGAAAUUAUGCUUAAAUAUAAAGAGAUGGAAGUCUUAGAUGUGGAUGUUUUAUAGAACAGCAGGAGCAUUGUUUUGGUCCGUUUUCUUGCAUCGUACAGGGCUCCAGAGUGCAGCCAUUUUGGUUGCAUACCUGUCAAGUUAGUCACACAGGUGUGCAUGACAUGUAUUACAUUUAUAAACGUGAUACAGAACCAAAGUUCACGAGCGGAAGUUCUCAAAGAUCAGGUGCUGGAACAUGUCAGAUAAAAUCAUCAACAUAUAUAUAUAUUUAAUAAGUCAUGUAUAUUUAGCACACCUGUGAGUGCUCAUGUGAUUCUGUUGAGCGAACCUGAAGAAGCCAUGGGCAAAACAAGUUGUUCUCUCUUAAUAGAGCACUCAGAUCCUCAAACCAGCAGCUUCUGGCUAUGCCUCAAUCGAGGCUAAAGGACAAAGGGGAUUGUGCGUUCGCUGUGGCUGCACCCAAACUUUGGGAUGGUCUACCUCUCUCCAUUAAGGAUUCCCCAUCUGUGGACACUUUUAAGGCUAGACUUAAGACCCACUUUUACUCUAAAGCUUUUGAGCGCUCCUGAACUAUUACCCCCC